CUUGAAACGUCACACUUUCCAUCCGAUCAAUCUGAUUUGAGUUCGAUGUGCGACUUAGCGACUUGAAAUUGUGGCCUCGUUGGUUCAGUAGUAAAAGUGUUUUCUGUGUUAGAAUAUCAAGUCAAUCAUCUAGUGCAAAUUGUUCAUGUACUUACACAGCAUCUACAUCGCAGAUCGAUAAUAUAUUUGUUGCUUCAGCGAAGUUGCUACAUUAUAUUGAAGAACACUGACGUAGACAAAAUAUUUACUCAAGCAUUCUGAAAACUGAAGUCAAAAUCGAACAGGACAAGGUGUAUUAUUCUAAUUUCAUCUUAGAGAAGUCGGAGGUCCAAGCUUUACUAUGUCUGGAAAAAGCAUAAUGAACAAAUUUCUGAUAAGAAAUAUUGUUCGGUUGAUGGUCAACUGCUCGUACUUUUGUUUGUUCUACAUGAUGAUUCUCUGUCUACUGGAUACGGCUGGUGUAGGUGCGAACAAACUUCCCGAAGAGGACAUCUCAAUGGUAACCGAGGUUAAUAAAGCGGAUGUGGAGAGCAGUGGCAGCCCGACGGAGAAGAAAAGUGGUGGCUUCUUCAAUUCGGAUGUGGGUUUCGUGCACGCAUUUGUUGCGUCCUUCUCAGUGAUAAUCGUGUCCGAGCUCGGUGAUAAAACAUUUUUCAUCGCAGCUAUUAUGGCCAUGCGUCAUCCUCGAUUAACCGUGUUCAGCGGUGCGAUUGCAGCGCUAGCCCUGAUGACAGUUUUGUCGGCCGUGUUUGGCAUGGCCGCCACCAUCAUUCCACGGGUGUAUACGUACUAUAUCUCAACAGCACUGUUUGCCCUGUUUGGUUUAAAAAUGCUCAAGGAGGGCUACUACAUGUCUGCUACUGAGGCAGCCGAAGAAUUGGAAGAGGUGCAGUCUGAUCUCAGAAAACGCGAAGAUGAGUUGAUGCGCUCGAUGAACGGUAAUCGGAAGGAAACAGUCGAGCUGGUCCCUCUGAAUGAAAACGACAGUAGUAGCAAGGCACUUAGCUCGCCCGACCGUGCCGGCGGAAAUACCUUGAACGGAUCGAUCCACUCGCUCCACCGUGAUCUGCCUCAAGCGCACUUUCUGCCAGCGAUUCGCAUGUCCGCAUCAGCAACCCAAUUGCAAGCAUCGAAUCAUCAUCUCACUGAUAGCAUUAGUAGUAUUAAUAGAAGUAAGCUGGGCGGCUCGUCCAAGAGUCUGGCCGUAACGAUCGGCGAGCAGUACGAGCAACGCCAGCGGGCACGAUCUGGAAUCGUGGCCACCGGUGCGGUCGGUGCUGGCACCACCGCCAACGGUACAGUGAUCAAUGGGUUAACCGAAGAAGGUGAUUUUACCUCCGGCUCGACCAGUUCUCUCAGCCAAAGCAAACGGCUGGAAAAGGAGACAUCGGCUACGCUAAUCCAAGAUGCUGAAACCGGUGUGAUACGAAAGAAUAAGCAACGUUCUGCUUGGAAUCUAUUGUUAAGAAUCUUAAUGCAGGCAUUCACGAUGACCUUUCUGGCUGAGUGGGGCGACCGUUCACAGUUGACCACGAUUAUCUUGAGUGCCCGCGAAAAUGUGUAUGGUGUCAUCAUUGGCGGCGUGAUAGGGCAUGCUAUUUGCACCGGACUGGCCGUGAUUGGUGGCCGCAUGAUUGCGCAGAAAAUAUCCGUUAGAACAGUUACUCUCAUCGGUGGUGUUGUUUUCCUGUUAUUCGCUGUGAGUGCACUGUUCUUCAGUCCAGAAGAGGAACCGGUCAAAGUUGCGCCAUAGUUUGAUAGAUUGCAGUGAUAAAUAAGCAAACAUUUACCUAGGCGGGGAUUUGACCAAUUCUUAAGUAUUUACACGAUAGAAAAUAGAAAAAAAUGUUUUAUAAGCAAAGAUAGUAAAAUUAGGUAUUAAAAUCAUCAACAGCAUAGCUUUCUAAAUCCAUCCAAUUGAGAAACACAAAUCUUAUGGUUUAUUAGAAGGACAUUUAAAAUAGAAGCACAGUUUUUUUUUUUACUUUGAGUUUUGGGUUGCAAAUAUUCAAAAAGCAACAGUAUAGUCUGUUUGAAUUCGGUAUUCUACAGCUAAUGAGUGUGAAAUGAUCGAACUAAGUGCUUAAUAUUUCAAUCGAAAAGCCUAGUAAUUUUUGAGUAGCUGCAAUCCUCUCUUGAUAAUAGUAAUGAAAUUAAACAACAAAGAAUGUGAUUAAACAUAAAGCAUGUUGGCAGUGGAGGUCCGUUAUUUAGGUUUAUGAACUAAUAACAAUUUCGCUGAGUUUCGCAUGACUAAUUAAACAAAAAAUCAUCUAGGAAUGUGAGGUAUAAUUAAAUGUGUAACUAAUAACUGUGAAGUAUGACUUUAAAAUAAAAAUAUGUUUAUAAAACA